AUAUGUUGGAUCCAUAUGCUAAUAUGACCAAAAGGGUGCUAGAAGAUACAAAUUUCAAUUCGUUACUGAACGGAACAUGGAAUGCCUUUCUUGACGUUGUCGGUGACAAUCCCGCUAAUAUCUACAUUUGGUACUUGACAGCAUGGGCUUACGGUCUAUUUUGGAUUAUUAGAGGAUUUUUUAUCUUCAUGGAUCUCACCAACAAACCAGCCUUCAUGCGAAAAUACAAAAAUCAACCCGGCACAAACGAACCGGUGAAUAUGGACAAACUGAAAAAUCUGGUAAAAACGGUACUCAUCAAUCAAUUUGUUUGGGGUCUCCCGACGACCAUUGCUUCGUAUUACGGGCGAGCUUGGUUGCUGAAUAAUAUACCUGACAUUCGGAUUGUGCCGUCAAUCUAUACAAUCAUCCGGGACGUGCUGAUAUGCAUUCUGGUUUGGGAGGUUGUCUCCUACUACAGUCAUCGUCUAAUGCACACCAGCUUCCUGUACAAGCACGUCCACAAGAAGCAUCACGAAUGGUUAGCUCCUAUCGCGUGGUCCGGAGUUUACGUUCAUCCGAUCGAGUAUUUCGCCAGUGGUCUACUCCCGGUGUACGCAGGACCUGCACUGUUGGUCAGUCAUCCAGUGACAAUCGCGGUCUGGAUGAUGUUUGUCAUGAUGACCACUUUAGUAGAUCACUCCGGUUAUCACUUACCGGUGCUUGGAAGCUCAGAGCAACACGAUUAUCAUCAUUUGAACUUCAACCAAUGCUAUGGAUUAUUCGGCUGGUGGGACACUCUUCAUGGCACGAACGAAGAAUUCAGGAAAAAGAAACAGUACUUACGCCAUAAACGAAUAUUCUCUACGAAAUCCGCCAGAGAAAUUAUUCCGGAUGAGUGAAAAAAUUGUAGAGGGUGGUGUCCAACACAUGAUCUCAUUGUGGACGUAGGACGUAGGAAAUUAAUCAGAAAUUUUAUUUCGCUAUGUAUUAACAAUAAUAUUAGUAUUAGUAAGUAACUC